CAGAAUCAGCGAGAUGGUGGGAGAUAAUUUAAGGAUCAUGAACGAUCGUUUGUGUUUGAUUGAAAAAGACAGGAAACAGAUUAAAGAACGUGUGACAAACCUAGAGAAACUACAAAGAGUUACUUCAUAUGAAACUCCAAACAAUGAGACUGACACAACUCCAUUUCAUGAGACGGCUUCCAGACAAGGUGAAGCCAAUGCAGAUCAAGCAGAUGAACAACUUAACAAUGAGGAUACACGAGAGCCUAUGAAUGAGAUCACGAAAGAGACACCUGGUUCUCCAAUAGCUCAACAGAAUAUUGAGACUCCAGUCCUUACUCCAAUUCAGACGCAGCAGGAGACUCACGAGCUUAUGAAUGAGAUCAUUUCACCAAACAUUUCCGACACACAGCCAAAUACCCGAGCUCGCAGAAAUCUUUUAACAGAGCAAAAUAAGGAUGUAGAAAGCAGAGUUCAAAAUCCCUUUGAGAUCGGAGCAAAUGUGGAGAUUUCAUCACAAGAUGACAAUACUUGUCAUAAAUGGUAUCCAGGAAAUGUGUUGGCAACAUAUUUGGUUGAUGGGGUUGAGAUGGUGAAAGUUGAGUACUUCGUCCCGUCUCUGGACGAAAAGAAGAGGAAAAGGAGUGUUGAGACACGUGUAUCAAUUGACAGAAUACGUCCUCAACCACCACCUGAGAGAUCUGGAGCGAAGAAAAGUUAUGAGCUAAUGCAGGACGUGGAGGCGUUCGACAAUGGUGCCUGGUGCGCUGGAAAAGUUAAAGUCAUUUUGUUUGAUGACUCGUGUUUUGUCGCUUUGAACAAUUCUAAAGAAGAAAUUUACUUCCACCAUUCUGAGAUUCGAAAACCAAGAAAAUGGGUAGAUGGUGUUUGGGAGAUGACAAAAAAGAAGGAAGAAGAGCAGACGCAGAGUGUGAAUCCAAGUGAAGGAGAUGGUGAUAAAAAGGGGAAGGGGAAGGCUGUCGCUUGUAAGAAAAAUGAAGCAGCUGGUCCAUCAGAAGAUGGUGUUGGGAAAAUGGCAAAAGAGGUAAUAAAAAUGAAUAAGAUCCACUUGAAUUGAAGUUCAGGUCAAUAGUUUGAUAUAUCGGUUUUGUUUCACAGAUGGAAGUAAAGCAGGGUAAGAGUGUGAAACCAAGUCAAGACGAUCAUGCAAAAAAGGUAUAAAAAAUAUUUUUACUUCAUAUUAGGAAGGCAUUCAAGUAUAAAGAUAAAAACGAUCCUGAAUUUUUGUCUUUAUUUUUAAUUAAAGGGGAAGCCACAUGUUGGUAAGAAGAAGAAAGCAAAUGCUCAGCCAGUAGAUUUGCUUCCUUUUCUACAGCGAGAAGAGAAGAGGCCAAUACGACCUAGAAACCCUCCUAUACCUGUAACACCUGAGGUAAUCCUUCCAAUUGAUCCAUUUGUGACACCUGAAUUUCCUCGGUUUUCAAGGCUUGCACACUGGAUGGAUCUACGGGGCAUAUAUCGUGUGUAAGCAACUUUUUGUCCUCGCAUAAAUAUUCCUAAUUUAUUUUGUAAAAGUUUCGAUUGAUACUAGUUAAUUUUAUCAACUACAGACCGUUUUAUAUCAAUGGAAAAGAAAUUGAAAAAGAGUUCUUUCAAAAAAUGGACGAUGCAGAAAAAAAUCUCAACAAAGAGGUAAUCAACACUCUGUUUCUGUCUUUCUAUUUGAUUGUGUCAUAUGUUUAGGAAGAGGUUGAGUUGAGCUAUGCUAGAUGUCCAUGUUAUAGCAGUUCUAUAUGAAGUUUCUAACUAUAUUGUUACAUUGGCAGCACAUAAAUGUUGCAUUUGAAAUGCUAAAUUGUAAGAGGGUUGAGCAAGGUGCUUGGUUCCGCAACAACAAUCUUCCAGCAGCAUGCUUUGUACCAGUCGAUUUCUUAGAAGUGGUUGGGUACGCUUAUGAAUCUGUCAGGAAGCCACAUAAGAAAAAAAAAAGUUAUUGGAGGGCUGUGUAGGCGAACUUGUGAAAGGUUUAAUACAUCCAAAGAAGGUAUGGCUGGAAGAUGUUGAUGUUAUAUAUGGUGUCAUUGAAGAUAAGUUGAGCUGUCACUAUAUUGGGGUGGAGAUACAAUUGAUGGACAACACAAUCACACUCUUCCAUUGUGGUCUUCCAAAAGCAAAUAUCAAACGUGCUCUUAAUAAAAUCCAAGAACUGGCAGGUAAAAAUAUUAGCUAAUUUAGAAAAUAAAAGUUUGUCACUUGCUGCUUGUGAUUGUGAUGCAUUUUUACAUAUUCAUUUUGUUGUCUGUUGGUGAUUGAUUUAUUGUAUAAUUUUGGGUAUUUAUGACAGUGUUGAUUAGUGCCAUAAAGAUGGAACUUCUUGGUGAAGAGGUUAAUUUCGAAGAUAUCAGUCCAUUUGAAGUUAAGUUUGCAGAAGGGCUUCCAAAACAAAAUUUCCAUACAACUGUGGUAUUUUUGUUGUGAAGAUGCUGGAAUGCAGGUCACUGGGAUUGAAGAGCAUGGCUAAUAUAAAUGAUGAAACUGCGAUGGACUUACGAAGCAAGCUAUGUUGUGAGAUCUUCGACCAGUUUAUGGAUAAAGAUUUCCAGGAAGGUCAAAGGAAGUGAAAAUGUCAUAUUUGUUCUGUUUUCUACACUGUUUUUCUACUUUGAUAUUAAUUAUCCCUAACGUUUAAGUUUAAGUUUGUAAUGAAUUAUCCCUAACGUUUUUUUCAUUUAGAUUGUUAUUGAAAAAUUUUUUAGGAUGUAUUGAUGAAUUGUCAAAUGCUUAUGGUACUUUUAGGAUGGGUUUCCAGAAAAAGAGUGAGAAAGCAAAAUGCACCAAAGCCUAGCAUAUUCCUUUAAAGUUUACAAAAAAAAUGAAAAAGAAAGUGAUCCGAUGUUGAUUGAACUCGUGAACUCUCGAAAGAUGAAUCAAAGUGUGCAGCCGCUGUGCCAAGGGUGUUAUACUUGCCAAAAGAUAUAAUAAAACGAUAAUAACUUGUAACUUUUGAAUAUUUAAUUAAAAACAGAAAAAAGUGAAAAUAUACACAACGGGAAUCGAACACGGCUUAUUGUGUGAUAAGGGUACACUAAGAGUAGAAGGGCUUGCCACUAGGCUAUGGUGGAUAUUCGAUAUCAGAGUAAAUGUGAACUUAUUUAUUCACAGACGAUAGAUUUAUAUGAUCUGGAUAUCAUUUUAAGUAUUCAGGAUAGCUUUCCAAAAACAAAUUCCUUUAAAGUUUACAAAAAAAAAAUGAAAAAGAAUGUGAUCUGAUGUUGAUUGAACUCGUGAACUCUCGAUAGAUUAAUCCAAGUGUGCAGCCGUUGUACCAAGGGUCUUAUACUUGCCAAAAGCUACAAUAAAACGAAAAUAACGUUUGAAUAUUUAAUUAAAAACAAAAAAAAAUGUGAGUAUACACAACGGGGAUCGAACACGACUUAUUGUGUGAUAAGGGUACACUAAGAGUAGAAGGGCUUGCCACUAGGCUACGUUGGUUAUUCGAUAACAGAGUAAAUGUGAACUCAUUUAUUCACAGACGAUAGAUUUAUAUAAUCUGGAUAUCAUUUUAUGUAUUCAGGAUGGCUUUCCAAAAACAAAUAAGCAAAUCAGAUAACCAAGUUAUAAGAACACUAGGCCAAACCAUUACAAAAUAGUGAAAAACAUUGAACAAGUUUUUUAUUUAGGUUGUUAAUUGAAGAAACAACACAAGAGAAACAAAAGUGCUUAUUCAUUUAAAAUAAAAACUGAAAAUCAAACAUAAUGUGGUCCUUAAAAACAUAAAAAGAGAAGACGAUAACAUGAAAUUACUCAUGAUGGAGCCAACUUUCGCCAAGUUUAUCCCAAUCAGGGACUUUGACCUUCACAUCAGCAAGCAUUCCUUCCGCUUCCGAGUGCUCUUCUUUGAGUUUCUCCAACUCAGCAGUUAAAUCAAAUUUUCCAUCAGCUUUGAUAAUAUCUUCAAGCAACUCGAUUUGGACAGCAAUUGAAUUUGCUUUGCUGGAUGCAAGAUUCCAAUCAUUCUCAGAUAGCCUGUAUUCGUUGGACAAACGAAGAAGAGCCCUGUAAUGUUCCACAGUUUCCUUCUUCCCCUUCUUGAAACCUUCGGCGGCAUCACAUCCGUAAACCUCCUCUAUGGGACGCUUCAUCAUCUUCUUUGAACUUCCUUCCAUUGAAACUUUGUCCUGCAACAAAAUCGAAACUAAGAUGUUACGAUAAAAUAGAAAUAGAAAAAAGUUCAUGAAUUGAAUGGAAAAUGAGAAAAAUCGAAAACUAACUUGUAUUGCAAAAGGAUAUAUCAAGCGAAAUGAAGUGAGUGAAUAAAAGGUCUGAUAUCGUCCCUUAUAUUUAUAGAACAAAAAGGAACUCUUCGAUUAUUGAAGUCAGUUAAAAUAAACUCUUGAUUAUUGUGGAACUCUUCGAUUAUUGAAGUCAGUUACUGAAAUAACCAAUCAUAUAACACCCAAUCUUGACGAAAAGAAACUCUUCGGUGACUGAGUUACAUGAUGUCGUUUGGAAGAGACUCUUCGAUUCCUGAGAUAUAUGUUUGAACAAAAAAAAAAAAAUCACCCAUUACUCGUAGGAGAGUCGAACCCGGGUCGAUCAAAUGUUUCGGUAUCAUAGGUUUCGUGGUUUAGCCGCUAGGCUGAGGAGAAUCAUCUGUUAGUUGCUUCCACAUAAUUGAAUUUACCCAUACAAUUUAUAGUAUAAAUACAUUGGAAAGAUCUUUGAUAGUUCAGGAUGGGCUUCCGAUUGCGACAAAUGUGAUUCCUGAGAUAUAUGUUUGAACAAAAAAAAAAAAAAUCACCCAUUACUCGUAGGAGAGUCGAACCCGGGUCGAUCAAAUGUUUCGGUAUCAUAGGUUUCGUGGUUUAGCCGCUAGGCUGAGGAGAAUCAUCUGUUAGUUGCUUCCACAUAAUUGAAUUUACCCAUACAAUUUAUAGUAUAAAUACAUUGUAUAUUUGAUAGUUCAGGAUGGGCUUCCGAUUGCGACAAAUGUGAUUCCUGAGAUAUAUGUUUGAACAAAAAAAAAAAAAAUCACCCAUUACUCGUAGGAGAGUCGAACCCGGGUCGAUCAAAUGUUUCGGUAUCAUAGGUUUCGUGGUUUAGCCGCUAGGCUGAGGAGAAUCAUCUGUUAGUUGCUUCCACAUAAUUGAAUUUACCCAUACAAUUUAUAG